CGAUACUAUUGCAUACACCUGUCACGCGCCCAUCACCAACACCAACUGCUAUUGUGAACUGACAAUUGUCACUUUUCCGCACGAAAGUUAGCAUUUGCCAAGAUAAAUAAGAUGCUGUCGCAAUCCCUGCUGAGUGGCAUGCGUGUCCUGCGCACAGAGGCUCGCCGCAACUUUGGCAUCGUCGCCCCCGCCCUGAGCAAGGCCUCCGAUCCCAUCCAGCAGCUGUUCCUGGACAAAGUGCGCGAGUACAAGCAGAAGAGCGCCGGUGGCAAGCUGGUGGACUCCAAUCCCGAUAUCGAGCGGGAGCUGAAGACCGAACUGGACCGUGUGGCCAAGCAGUUUGGCAGCGAUGGCAAGACCGACAUGCUGAAGUUCCCCGAAUUCCAGUUCCCCGAUGUUAAGGUGGACCCCAUCACCCAGGCCCCCCAGUAGAGAUCGCUCCUCGCGAAUGAGUUAGUGUAAUUGCUUUAAGUUCAGCUGCCCACAAGAACCGCGGGCGCGUCAACAAAGAUCAAUAAAAUCGGGAAAACAACAA